AUGGCCAGGGAUGCGCGGGGAGCCGGCCGUGCCCUUGGCGCUGCCGCUGCCGGCGCGUCCCGCAUCUCCCGGGCGCCGCGCGGUCCCAGCCCCGCCGAGGAGCCGCGGCCGCCGCUCCGCCCGCCCGCCCGCGCUGCCCCCGCGCCGGGAUGUGGCCGCCGGGAUGUCGCCGCCGGGAUGCCGCUGCCGGGAUGCCGCUGCCGGGAUGCCGCUGCCGGGAUGUCGCUGCCGGGAUGUCGCUGCCGGGAUGUCGCUGCCGGGAUGUGGCCGCGCUGUCGCGCCGGCGCCCAGGGCCGGCCCCGGGCAGCGCCGCGCUCUCUCCCCGUGCGCGCCCGGCUCGGGGCGCCGGAGCCGCCGGAGCCGCCCGGCCGCUCCCGGCACCUGCGGGCGGCGGCAUCCCCGCUCCCUCCCUCCCUCCCUCCCUCCCUCGCUGCCUCGCUCACCUGCGCGGCUGCGGCGGCUCCGCGGGCCGCUGGCGGCGCGGCCGAGCCGGCCGGGCAGGCGCUGUGGGCCGGGGCGGCGGCUCCCGGCAGGAAAUUUCCCUUUGGCCGCCGCCUCCUCCCGCUGCCGCGGCCGCUCCCGAGCCCGAGCCCGCUCCCGAGCCCGCGCUCAGCGCCCGCCCGCGGCGCCCGCGGCGCCGCCUGGCGGACACGGCCCGCACUGCAGCGGGAGCGGCCCGGCCGGGGGACGCGGCCUCGGGGCUCUGUCGGCGACAGCGACAGCGACAGCGACAGCGACAGUGACAGCGACAACGACAGCGACACCGACAGCGACAGCGCUGCCGCCGCCACCGCCGCGCCCCGGCACGCCGCGGCUCCCGCCCGGGAUGUGUCGCUGCCCGCGCUGCGAGGGACGGACACACCUGGGGCUGGCGGUCCCCCCGUGUCCCCUCCGGGGGACAGCGAGGCGGGACGGGAGACCCGAAAUAGCCGCGGCAGGUGCGAAAGAUACAGCAACGAGCUGGAGCCAACAGCCUGA